AUGGGUAAGAAAUCAAGUAAAAAAGGACAAUCCACAAUCUUGGAAUCAAAUGUUUCUCCUUUAUUAGAAUUUAAAUAUGAUGCUCCAUUAUUUGCACUUGCAGCUCAUCCAACAAAACCAAUAAUUGUAUCAGGUUUAGCAAAUGGUUAUGUAUUUAUGAUUGAAUAUGAUUCAACAAAAUUAUCAGUUUAUCAACAUGAUCAAAAAGAAUCAAUUGCUAAAGAAGAAAAAGAAAAGGCAAAAUCAAAAAAACAAGAAUUAGAAUCAUCUUCCAAAUCCAAAAAAAAACAAAAAUUUUGGAAAGUUCAUUUAAUUUCUAAAAAUAGUGAAGAUGAUUUAAAUAAUGGUAUAAAAACAAUUUGGAAAACUAAGAGACAUAAAGGUAGUGUUCGUUCAAUUUGUUUUAAUGCAGAAGGUGAUGAAAUUUAUACAGUUGGUUCAGAUAAUGUUAUCAAAAGAGCAAAUGCAAUUACAGGUAAAGUUUUAAAAAAAAUUGAAAUUGAUUCAAAAGUUUUAAUUACCAAGAUUAUUAAAUCUCAGACUCAUCCUUUUAUAAUUACAGGUGAUGAAGUUGGUAAUAUUAGAAUUUUCGAUAUAAAUUUAAAACAAAUUAAUAUAAUUCAAAAUGUUCAUGAUGAUGCUAUAAAUAAUAUAAUUCAAUUAUCUCAUAAAUCUGCAUAUCAAUUCUUAUCAGUUGGUUCAACAACUUUAUCAACUUGGGAUAUUAGAAAACAAGAACCAAAAAUGACUUCAGAAAAUCAAGAAGAUGAAAUUUUAUCAUGUACAUUUGUUGAUCCAACCCAGGGGGAUACAUUAGUUUGUGGUAUGGGUGAAGGUAUUGUUACAAUAUGGAAACAAAGUAAAAAUGAUUAUGUUGAUCAAUUAUCUCGUGUUAAAGUUUCAAAAGAUGAAAGUAUUGAUUCAGUUAUAAGUACAUUAAAUAAUGAUGAUUGUAUAUGGGCAGGAUGUUCAAAUGGUUCAAUUUCUAAGAUUAAUGCUAAAAAAGGUCAAGUUAUUGAAACAAGAAUUCAUGGUUCAAUUGAUGAAGUUUCAUUUUUAGAUUUAGAUUUUGAAUAUAGAUUAAUUAGUGCAGGUAUGGAUAAAUUAAAAUUAUGGAAUAAUGAUGAUGAUGAUGAUGAGGAUGAGGAUGAAGAAGUAUUUUCAGAAGAAUUAUCAGAUAGUGAAGAAGAAGAUGAAGAUGAUGAAGAUGAUGAAGAUGAUGAAGAAUCAAAUGAAUUUAAAGGAUUUAGUGAUGAUAAAGAAUCUGGUAGUGAUGUUUGGGAAGAUUUAGGUUCAGCAAGUGAAGAGGAAGAGCAACAAGAUGAAGAAAAAGAAAAGCCUGAACCUAAACCUGAACCUGAAAGUAAAAAACAUGAAAUUCAAGAACCAAUUAAAAAAUCUAAAAAGCAAAAAUUAACACCAAAACAAUUAAAAAAUCAAUUAAGUCAUGAACAUGGUAUUCGUAGAUUUGAUGAUUUAUAA